GUAGAGAUCAACAUCGCGUUCUGAUGCAUCAGUCUUCUUCAAAGUGCAACAAAUACUGAAAUAACUCCCAGAAAAAACAGGCUCAUCUUCUGAAACAUGAGCACUGCCACAGUUCGUUUCUACUUUAACCCGCCCAAAAUCCAACCUCUGAAGGAUUAGUGGAGUAAUCCCUCUUCACAAUCGAUAAUCCAAUUUGGCGAUGAUAUUCCUCAACAGGCAUAUUCUAAAGAAGAUGAGAAGAAAACCCAAAACUUGAAGCUUCUCUCCCUUGCGUCGUCUAGUGGUGUGGAGAAACACUCCUCGUUGGCAAGGAAUUCUAGUUUUGCGAAGGCAGUUCUCGAGAAGCCGCCGAAAUCAGUUACGUUCAAUAUGGAACCAGGGAAUGUAGAUGAAAUAGAGCUCAUUGAGCAGAGAAAAGCGAGCGCGAAGAGUGGAAACGUUAGAUCCAAGUCCAGAGAUUCCAAACUCAUUGAACAAGGCCAGAAAGUAGACUAUGUUCUUGUCUACGAAGAGAGAAACGACUUGGAAGGCGAAGAAUUAAAGAAGGAGGAAAAAAGGCUUGAAAAACGAGAUUAUUUUGAAAGUAAACUCAGAGAGAAGGGCUUACUUCUGCAGCAUGUCGACUCGGACUUAAACGAGGAAUACAACAAAAUCUUCGUUCUGAUUCAUGCCCCUUGGGACGUUCUAGCAAUGUGCGCGGAGGAGAUGAUGAUUCGUGCACCUGUGCGCAAGGCUGAACCUCGUCCGCCGCUGACCGGCAUUAGUGGACUUUAUAAACGAAUGAUUGACAUGAUGGAAAUCUUCAAGCCACUUUCUUUCGGCCAAGAGACGAAGCAACGCUUCGUGAACGCAUUUUUCAACCAAGAUAAACUGGAAUCUUUUCUCAUUGACGACAAAGAAACUUUCUUCAAUGAUAUCGACCGCACCAGGAUGGUUAAUAGGAUACUUCAUUGCGCCCACUUUUCCGCCAAAGGCCACGACUUUGGAAUUGACCGACUGCUUUACGAAGGGGCCUAUCAAGCUGGUUAUACACUCCACGAAGGAAAUUGCGAAGUUCCGCCGGAUGUUUCGUCGGCAAGCCCUCGGCAAGGGCUUCGGUAUUCUUGGGCAUCCUUUGGUCAGUGGUUCAGGUUUCAACCCUUAAAUGCUAUAAAAGAGUAUUUUGGAGUGCGUGUUGCUUUGUACUUCGCAUGGUUGGGACUGUAUAACUUCAGCCUUAUAGGCGCGUCAAUUGUCGGGCUGAUUUGCUUUUUCGUUGGUCUUGGAUCGAUGAACAGUUUCAUUCCCGCUCAAGAAAUUUGUAACAAGAGCAACGAAAGAUUGUUUUAUAUGUGCCCGCUAUGUGACGUUGAUUGCAGCUACUGGACGCUCGGGAGAAGUUGCAAGUACGCGCGGUUGACGCACCUGUUUGACCACGAUGGUACUGUCUUCUUUGCUGCCUUUAUGUCCCUAUGGGCGACCAUAUUCCUCGAAGUAUGGAAGCGCAAACAAAUAAGUCUUGCGUUUGAUUGGGACAUGAUGAACUAUGAGGACGAGUUCGAGCCUGUACGACCGAGCUAUGUGGCUGCAGUGAAGGAGAAACGGCGGAAUCCUGUCAACGGACAAAUGGAGCCAUAUAUUCCAUACUCCACUCAGCUUAUCCGCAAAACGUGUUCUUUAGCCGUGGUGGUUUUUAUGGUCCUUUUAGUUGUUGCCGCUGUUGCUGGAGUCGUCAUUUACCGGGCUGCCGUAUCUGCGGCUUUGUAUGCUUUCCCUCGGGAAGACGUUCGACGUGGCGCACGAAUCAUAACAUCCGUCACGGCCUCGUGUAUCAAUCUUGCAGCGAUCACUAUCCUGAGCUUUGUUUACGAAAAAAUCGCGGUAUGGUUAACAAACUGGGAGAACCCGCGCACAACUUCUGAAUACUCCGAUGGCCUUACCUUCAAGAUGUUUCUGUUCCAAUCGGUCAACAUGUAUUCGUCGUUGUUCUAUAUUGCGUUCUUCAAAGGCAGUAUGAUAGUCGGGGUACCUGGGCGGUAUAACAGGAUUGCUGGAGGUCGCAUGGAAGGCUGUGACCCCUCUGGGUGUCUGAUAGAACUUUGUAUUCAGUUGGCUAUCAUUCUAGUUGGCAAGCAGAUCAUUUCACUAUUUUUCAAGUUUAUUGUACCUUGUGCAUUAAAAUGGUGGCACAGACGAGCACAGAAGGAUUUGUUAGAAAAUGAUGAGCUGGACCAGUGGGAGAGAGACUACUUACUGAACCCUGAGCCAGAAUUUAGGAUGUUCUACGAAUACCACGAUAUCGUCAUCCAGUUUGGCUUCGUUACCAUGUUUGUCGCGGCCUUCCCUCUCGCCCCAUUCUUCGCUCUUCUCAACAACAUCCUUGAACUUCGAAUAGACGCGAUCAACUUUGUGGUGAAUUUCCGAAGACCAGUAGCAGAGCGGGCUCAAGAUAUUGGAUCCUGGUUGGGCAUCCUACAGAUUAUGAGUAAAAUAGCGGUCAUUGUGAACUCUUUCGUUAUUGCUUUUACUUCGGAGUUUAUUCCAAGGAUUGUGUAUCAAUAUGGAUACAGUCCCGAUGGAAGUCUCAAGGGAUACGUCAAUAAUAGUCUUUCAUAUUUCAACGUGAAAGACUUUGAACCGCAGUCCGUACCGCUCGAUACUUUCCAGCAUCUUUCGUUUAACAACAGCUUUUGUAGGUACAAGGAAUACUUCGAGCCCCAAUACCCAUACCGAUACGACCGCCAGUUCUACUACGUCCUUGCAGUUCGGCUGGCUUUCGUCAUCAUCUUUCAGUACUUGGUGUUUUUCACUGUUCAAUUCCUAGACUGGCUCAUUCCUGACGUACCAUAUCACCUCGAUGUCAGCAUCAAGCGAGAGGCUUUCAUCGCUAAGAAAUGCAUGACGAAAAGUGAAAUCACCGCCACCAAAGAAUACGACGAGGUGUCGGAGAACUCGAUGUACGAGUCGUGUGAGAGUUUAGCGAGAAACCGAGGCAAGAAGGGUGUGGUUUACAGCGAACAUGAAGUCUGACAAAUGCAAGGUCUAAAGAAAGUUCAUAAACUUUAUCUGAUUGGUUGGAAUUGAGGAAAAUAUCCUGAUAAUGAUUGGAUGGGUUUGAGACAUACUGCGAUUUGAUUGGCUGGUCUUUAGAUCAAUACUCCGAUUUGAUUGGCUGGUUCUUGAAACACAUUCCGAUCUGAUUAGCUAGAUCUGAGACCAAAUAAACAUUUGUCUGCUACUUAGUUUUGUAUGGAUUUAUAGUUUUCUUUCGUGAUGUUUUGAUUAAAAAUUCGUAGCGUGUAAAUCGGCCUUUAUGAUUGGCGGGUAAAAGACAAUAGAAAGCCAUUGCAGAGCUAGAGUGACGUCAUACGUGUUACGUGCUAAAAGCCAUAUCUGUUAAAAAAAUCUUGACAAAUCUGUCCAUAUCUGCCAAGUUUAUCUUACAAGUACUCUGAUUAAAUCAAUUUUUUCAACAUCUUUUUUUCCUGCGUGCAAUUUAAUCUAUAUUUAGUAAAAAAAAGACAUAAAUAAAAGAUGUUUUGUGGA